GAAUACGAAAGCUAGUGAGUGAGUGAGAGGAAUUCAUGAAGUUUGGAGUCUUGUGUUUUUUAAGAGUUCUUGCGGUUACACUUCGUGCUGUUGGUGGUAACCGAUUAUACGGAUGUGUUCACACUGGGAGAUUAUUACUACUGUUAACAACUGCCUAUCGUGUUGGCUCAUCAUUUUCUUACAACAAUUCAGGUGCUGCGAGAGCUCGUCUCAUCUCACCUGUGGCCAGUCCAGUCAGUCUCAGUCGGUCUCGAAGCUUCGUGUCGCGCAGAGACCUCGUCGUGUGCUCCGACGCAAGUUUGUGACUGAGAGCGAAAGAUUAGAGAGAGAGAGAGAAACGCCGCUUCGUUUGUUACCUGUCUGUCUGUCUGCAACGGAAACAGAAAAGGUUAAAAAAACUGAGGAUAUAUCUCUCUCCCCUCCAGCCCUUCUCUUCGUUCAGAACCGUCGAACUGAAAGUGUCUUGUCUUUGAGAGACGAGUUGAACCAUUUAUACACAUACUAUACCCCCCUACGAAAACAUAGGUCCUUGAAGGAUGGCAGUAGGAUCCGUCCCACGAGAAACCGUCGUCCAGAUGCCUGAAGGUGGCGCCUCGAUGGAAGCCCAACAGCAAGAGUCCUCUGCAGAAACUGCAACUGCAGGGCCCAUUUCCCUCCCGAGGUGCAAAUCGCGCCUCUUCAGCUGGCGCGUGGCCGGUGCCGUUCUAGCCCUCCUGGUUGUCCUCGGAUGGAUAUUCAUCAUCGUGAUGCUCAUCCUGGAGGAGAAGUGGCAGCUGGUGCUGGUGGCCUGGUUGCUCCUCUACUCCGCCGCCCACUUCUGCUACUGGUACUGCAAGCGCCACAGCCUUAUCACGCUACACCGUCAUCAGAUAAGGUUACGCGUGCUCACCCACUCCAGGAACGCCGAGAACGGGGAGAAAGCCGACAAGCCCCCGACCUACGACGAGGUGAUGAAGACCGAGGCGCCUCCCCCGGCCUACUUCACAGUCGUCUCGGAGGCCUUCAAGAUGCCUUCGGCGGGAGUCUCCCCCUGCGUCCCCGCGGACGUGCCCUCGGUGUCCUCCUGCGUCGAGAAGCAGCAGUCACAAGCCGCCUCCGGCAACGAGGACUCUAAGAAGACGAAGAGCAGCAAGAAGAUGAAGAACAGCAGCAACAUGCUGACGAUCGAGAUCCGCGAGUGUCCCCCAGCCUACCAGAGCCCCAGGUCCCCCCGGGCGCUUUCCCCGAGGAUCCUGCCUUCGAUCCACGAGGCUGGAGGUUCCCUUGUGACUGCUACCGCCGCAGCUUCUGCCGCAGCGACGGCCACAGCUGCGUUCUCCUACUUCGUCCCGACUACCGCCGGAGACGCCGACGCGGCGGCUGCUACGACAGCAGCAGCGGAAGACCCCAUCAGGAACCCCAUCGUCCAGCACUUGAGGUCUGCGACGAUGCCCACACUGGAGGUCUCCUCCAACGUCGAUGUCUCCAACGGAAGUGCGGAGGAAGAAGGAGGAAGAGGAGAGGUAACAAGGAAUGUCAGAGACCAAAUUGAAGAGGUCGACGUCCACAGAUCGUCGAUCUUGUAAAAGAAGUGAACCACUAUUUUUAAAUAAUUUAUUGUUUUUUUUUUAUCUUGUUAUUAAUCUCUUUCCGGGUGAUAUUUAUAUGUACAAAUAUUAUAAUUAAGUCAUGAAUAACCUGCGUACAAAUGCUGUGCCCUGUUAAAAAUUUAACGUUGUUAUCAUCAGACCCCCCCCCGCUCAGUGACAACCUUGUUACCAAUUAGACUUAAGGCCAAUAUGUUAUAUAUAUUUUAUAUAAUAUUCUAUAUAUCCAAUAAGCUUUUCGCUCCUCCACUUUGUUUGAAGUCGAAGCAAAGUGCAAAGUCAAGCGGAAAUCGCCCUUGUGAUCCUUAGCUGUAAGGGUUUUUUUUAAUAUCUUUUGACAAUUUACUGUCAAAUAAAUGAAAUAAUCCUGAAA